AUGCACCAGCUGACGAUUGGAAGCACACUCUUUGAACACAAGGAUAUCCACAAGACAACAUGGAGAUCCCCAAAUGGUAACACCGUCACUCAAAUUGACCAUAUGUGUAUUUUGACGAGAUGGAGCCAUUCUUUGCUUGAUGUCAGGAGCAUGAGAGGAGCAGAUAUAAAUACUACUCACUAUCUGGUUAGAGGAUAUGUAUCUAUUAAACUUAAGUGUCCUCAGAAAAGAAAGAAGCGUGUAAGACAGCCUGCUUUAGAGCACCUGCGUGAUAGAUCUAAGAGCCAGGAAUAUAGUAACAGAAUAGCUGAAGAGUACUAUAACAACGAUCAGGAGCAUGGAAACUCUCCUUUAGAAGAACAGUGGCAAAAUUUAAGAGAUAUAAUAACUGAUGUUUCAUUUGAAGUUCUGGGUGAAAGGGGCCGGAAAAAGAGAACAGAACAUCUCUCAAGGGAUACUAAGAAUCUCCUAAAAGAACGAGGGGAGAUUAAAAAGAAACCCAGUACUGCUGAGAACCGUGCUAAGUACUCGCGGAUUAACGGUCUUGUUAGGCAGAACUGUAAAAGAGAUGAUAAUGCUUGGGCUGUUAGAAUAGCUGAGGAAUUAGAAGAUGCUGCCAAGCAGGGUCAACAAAGAGAUGUUUGGCAGAAAAUAAAUCCCUAA